UCCGUGGAGCACCAUUGAUGUGGAGGGCCGUGUGCUCGGGCGCAUCGACAUUUUCGCGCUUCCCGCCAAGCUGAUUUUUGGCGGGAAGAGAGCGAGAAAUUACGGGCUCCAUCUCCUUGGCUCGACGUUUGUUUUCGGUAACGCGUGAGUGGCUCUACCUGUGUUCCUCGGCGGAUGGCGCAUUCGUGUGUCGCAGUCCUGUGCUUCUUCUGGACAAUACGAAAGCCCAGUGGUGGUCGGCUGGAGAGCGGAUGAAAUGAGCAACGGGCCGCCACCCGGCGUCGCUGGUGGCACGGGACGUGUUCGCUGCAGCAGCUCCGGUGCCAGCGUGGGUUCCCCGCCCGAGUGCGCGCACCAGCCACAACGCCUCGUUACGGCACCCGGCGAAUUGUUCCGCCGCAUGAUGUCCGGCGUCAGCCUGCCGCUCGUCAGUGCCGGCGCCGUGGCCGCGCUGGGCAGUAGCCGACCACCCGCUCUGGGCCGCGUCGGCCUGUGCGCGCUGGGCCUGUCACUGCUCUGCAAGUGCCUGGCCGCCGCCGGCGCGCUGGGCCUCGCGGCCUUUCUCUCUCCGGGAAACACGGUGCGGCUGGACGUCGAGGCGCCCAAGUACAGGCCGAGCGUGAGCCUCUCCAAUGUCGCCAUCGACAGACUGCUGGACUUCGUCAGGCCCCCCGGCGGAGGCAACAGACCUCUUUGGCCUCUUCUCCACAUAGACGUCACCCCCGGACUGACCAACUCGGGGAAAUCGACGCUGACCGGCGACCUGUCGAUGUACGUGAUGGCGUUCGUGGCGGCCAUCGCCCUACAUGGCCUGCUAGUGCUACCGACGCUCUACCUGCUGCUUACGCGACACCAACUGGGACCCUUCUUCCGAAACAUGGUCUACCCAAUGUCGGUCGCCCUCGGCACGUCCUCCAGCUCGGCGACGGUGCCGACGCUGAUUACGGCAAUGGAGCAAGGGCUUCGGGUGGACCCGCGGCUGGCGCGUUUCCUGGCGCCCGUCGGUGCCACGAUGAACAUGGACGGCACUGCCAUCUACUUCAUUGUCACCGUGCUCUUCGUUGCCCAGAAGAACGCCAUCGCGCUCACCGUGGCACAGCACCUCGUCGUCGGGGCACUGGAUAAGAACAUGGAAGACUGUCAGGCUAUCGCCGCACCUACUACAAGUAGGAGGAUCACCGUCUGUCUAGAGGUAGGGAAUGCGUCCUCGAUGACGGGUAAACGCAGGCUGCGGCGUGAUGGCGCAAGUUUCUCGAUCAGCGUUGACGACCCCGCCAUCACACACACAAGGCUCCAGGAUGAGUACCGCCUGGCUCUCAAGCUCGGACUUGGCCCCGGCGACCUGCUGCAAUGCAACCGGUCGGCCAUUAUCACCUGCUUCUUACCUGCAGACGUAAAAUUGGAACUCUGGCAGAAAUUCAACCAACUGACAAAUGCGGAGAAGGCGGACACAUGAUGUGUGCGUUUUCUUUGAGAACACGAAAUAAAGCUCGCAGGCACAUUUUAAGAUUUGCACAAACGGCACUGAUAAUAUUCUUCAGAAGGAUGAGUGAAAUUUGAAUUUAUUUAUAGUGAGAGCAUAUUUCAUCACCUUCAGAUGGCAACAAUAACCAAAUCUCCACAGAGGCAGUUAAACUAAAUUGUAUGCAACUCUGUAGAAUACAAAUUAAUAUUUAAAACGUAAAUGUAAUAUUUUACGUUAGUAUAAUUGGUAAUAAAGGAAAAUAAAUUAAGCUAAAGUGCAAAUCACGAGGCAUAGCACAAGUAAGGUGAGUGCCCUGCCAUUACUGUCUAGGUUGAAGUGGAGUUGCAUAAUAAACACUCAGUGCAUGAAAACGAGUUCAUUAUUAAAUAAGAACAAUAAUUCGGUUAAAGUGACUGACUGACGUUUAGAUGCAGUUUUGAUCUGCUUUUAAGACAGCUUUGACAUGCAAGUCAGUCAUUUUUCACCCUCACCUUUGUGAUACCCAUAGCAAGUCGAUGCAAAAACACAAUGCGAAAGGUAUCCAUUGUGUAGUCCUUUAUUAAGUUUAUAAAAAUAUAUGACUCACUAAAACUGGCGGCACGCGGUUAGUAAAGCGCCCCCAUACAUAAGCAAAAUGUUAAAAAACAGAAA